UCCAGUUGUAUGCCUGCGAAUGGUGAGAGAUUGAGCGCAGUUGCGAGGCAGCGCCGUCUGCGUGAGGCGCGGUCUGCUGCAUCUACUCCUCCAGCGCCCUCGCCAACACCAGUGGUUCGAAAUGUGCUUCCUGACCCAGCAUCUCAGCCAAACUUGUCGGACGAAGGCAGUGACAAGGACGGCAGCGAUCAAAUUGCGACAUCAAACCAAUUCUCGACAUUAGUGGAGGCAUCGGCUGUCAAUUUCAGUUCGUCCCGAGAAGUGGAAAACGUAGAUCAGACGACCAUCAAGGUCAGAUUGUCUCGAGGCCAGAAAUGUGUCGUUCUGGGGUCAUGUCGUCUAUGGGUCAAACAUGGAUCAAUCUCCAUUUAUGGCGCCAUCAUUCAUGCUUCUAUUGCUACCUAUCGCGUCUAUGCUCCGGCUACUGACGCAUUACCACCUAUCGAAGCACUGACAUCGAAAGCCGAGGUCCAACUUGAAUCAAUUGAAGAUGGGAUUCGAGACUUGCCAUAUAUUGGCAUAAGAGACCAAUGGGAACCCAGGGGCGUUGUCAAAUCUAGACUGUCUUUCCACCUUCUAGGAGUUUCCUUCGAACAGGAUCUGAAGGCACCUCAGCGGCUGAAGGAGUUGAACCUGAACGGUUGGGAGACUGUUCUCUCGCAUUUUGCUAGCCCAAAGGCUGCGAAGCCAUCCGCGCCAUCUUGUCCCAGAAUCUUGAUCUGUGGUAGACGAUCUUCUGGGUUGUCAACGUUCGUCAGAUGUUUGCUGAAUCGGCUCUUAACGGCUCAGGGCACGAGUAAAGAGCUCAUUCUGCUUGACUUCGAUACAACGAUGCCGCAAUUUGCACCUCCUGGGACAAUCAGUCUUGUCAAGGUUGUUGGUCCUGGCUUCGGGCCGUCAUUCACACAGGUAAUGCUCGCUCAAUCCACAGCUGGGCGGAUCCUGAAGACUCAUUUUCUGGGUGACUUUGACGACACAGAAUUAUCUGAUUGGCAUAUUGAGCGAGUUAGUGAUCUCCUGGCAUUUGAGCAGAAUAAUCGAGUCGAGGAGAAGAAUGUGCCGGUCGUUAUGCUCGCCCCGAAAUGGCUGAACGACAUUGAGCAGCAUAUUGCGAUCAGUCUAUGGAAAAAAAUGCUACCAACAGAUAUCAUCUGCAUGGACACUAGGCCCAGUUCACCGCACCUACAAGCUUGGAAACCAUCCGCCGAGGCCGUCGAAUGUCGCAUUCAUCAGAUUCCAGCACAAGUUUUUGACAAGAUGUCUCCUGCUCGAGAGCACGAUCUUCAAAUGCAGUCAUACUUUCACAUGUCAGAAUGUCUGAGCGGCAGUCCGUACUGGACUGACACCCCUAUCCUGGCUCGGAACCCUGUCAUACUUAGCUAUGGCGGCAACAAUCCCGAUAUCUGUGGUGUCGUGUUACUAGGUGGAAAUGUCGCGCUUGAAGACACAUAUGAUGCCCUUGAAGGAAGUAUUGUGGCUAUGCUGCUCGUUCAGGAGCAGCAGCAUGAACAUUUGACCCCGAUUGACCAGGAAGGUGAAGUUAUGGACGUGGACGGCCUCCAGCGCUGCAGAAAAGACAAAUGGCAUGCCACUCGCACAAACGAGCGCAUACCCCGACUUUUGCAGGGUUCCUCGCCUCAUGCUUUUCCGUAUUCUGCAGAGGGAUCUCACUGCAUUGGUUUUGGGAUGGUGGCAGGGGUCGAUGUUGUGGAACGACAAUUAAGUCUCGUCACUCCUGUCAAUUCCCAGAAGCUACACGUGAGGCACGAUGGGUGUCGGAUAGCACUCAUCAUCCACAAAGCCACUCCCAACGGAAAGUUCAAGACAGACUGGGCUCGGAAGGAGGUAAGAAGUAGCGGAAGCGACAGACAGGAUCCGAAGAUGUUGGUCUGAAGCUGGAUAAACGGAACAGUUCACUCCGUGGUCCAAGUGGUGUGACCGGCAAUUGCCAACCCCUGCUGGCAUAACCGUCGCACCGGGACUGGUGGCCGCAGGAACCUCAGUAACCUCAGUAAGCCAGAAACCAGGAGAUGGUCCAGACCAACAGCGGCAUGAAAUAGGUGCUGAGUAGUGUACCACAGUACAUUAGCGUGCAUGAACGAAGAAUUGUCAUUGAUGCC